AUGAUAAGCAAAUUACAGGGAAGAGAUAAAUUUUGUAAGGCUAUUUAAUACGGAUCAAGAUUCUUAAAAUGGCAUUUCACUAAUACAGGAAACAAGGAUAUGAGUGAAAGAUUUAACGGGCUUUUUGGUGGAAUGAGAGAUGCAAGAAAAUUAUUUAGAUUAUUCAAAACUAUAAACGAAUGUCACAAAAUAAUGGAAUUGCUCAAAAAGAAAGAUGAUGAUGACCUUAAUAAGACUUUGGCAAUUUUAUAAAGAGCGUUUUUCGGCAUGUUUUGGUUCUUCGAUAAUUUAGUUAUUUUGAAACAACUUAAGUUUUUGAAAGGAGACCAUAAACCUAAUAGCAAAACAGGAUCAACUUUCUGGUUUUUAGCUUUAAUUUGUGCUGUUGUAUAGAAUGUGAGAAAUUUACUCAAAAAUUUGUAAAAAUAAAGCGAUACUAUCUAAAUUAUCUUAAAUACUUAAACAUAAGAAUAAAAUGAUAAAGCAUAAUUAUAAUUAAUCUAAUUAAAAAAAUAAACUUCCGAAAUCUAUCUUAAUAUAAUUAAAUCAGUUGCUGAUAUGAUAACCGCAGGAUAAGCUGCUUAAUUAUGGCCUAAUUUAUUAAAGAAAAAUGCUAACGAUGGGUUAUGUGGUAUUGGUGGUCUUAUUUCAUCUGUUAUAACAUCUUAUUAAUUAUUUUGA